AUGACGACCGCUUUGGAGAAGCAAUGCACACUCUUGAUCAGUUAUGAGAAGGGUGUACCGAUUCUGUUGCGCUCAAGCUUGGGCGAGCGGCGUCUCGGUGGCAGCGCUAUGGAGAGCACGCUGGAAGGUCCGACCGCGUCUGAUGCGAACGUUGCUGAAGCGGGUGCCCUGCCUGGGGUACCAGUAGCGCUUACCAAACUUCCUGCUCGAUCCACAGCUGCUGCCUUAUCCCGCGAGUCCCUCAGCAGAAUAGGAGGCAUCCAAGGCAGCGCGUUAGCCAAGGUGGAACGCUUCGUCGGAAACGUGCUCUCGGCAGCUGCCGAGGCGGCGGCAGCGGCAACUGCUGCAGCAAGCAACGGCUAUGAGUCUGGUGACGGUUCCGAGGACGGAGCCACUGGGGAGGAUGGUCUGGUGGAGUCUGUAUUGGGGCUCGGGCUGUCGCGAAUCCGGAAGCUCGCUGCCCAAGGUGCCGCUUGGACGGUGAACGAUCUGCGUCAGGGGCUGGAGUCCACCGACGUCGCAGAUAAGGUCAUAACGCUACGCGUACUCAUUCUCAUGCAGCUGAACGGUGAAAUCCCUGCGACGCAGCAAGGCUCGCUUCUCAUGGCGGUCAUUCGAUAUGUCUUACCGAACGAGGAUAAUCAGCUUCGAAAGUUGUGUUUCAUUUAUCUCGAGAUCGUUGAUAAGACUGGUCGUGACGGCAAGAUGCUGCCAGAGAUGAUCUUGGUCUGCAAUUUACUGCGAAACGAGCUUAUUCAUCCGAAUGAGUACUCGCGGGGUUGCGCGCUACGUCUUUGUUGUAAGCUGAAUGAGGCGGAGUUACUGGAGCCACUCGUGCCGGCUAUUCGGCAAAACCUCGAACACCGUCACGCUUACGUUCGCCGUAACGCACUGCUGGCAAUCGGUGCGAUACAGCGACGUUUCCCGCAGCUCAUACCUGACGCAGCUGAGCACAUCGUACAAUAUCUGGAAAACGAAAACGAUCAGAAUUGCCGAAGGAACGCGUUCCUGGUAUUGAUUCAGGCGGAUCAACGUCAGGCUGCAAAAUACCUUCUCCAGCAUGCUGAGCAGCUGCCUUCAUGGAGUGAACCUAUGCAGCUUGCCGCUCUAGAACUUGUGCGCCGCUUUCGAACAGAUGAACUGGCGGAGAGAGGCACGUUCGUGAAGCUCAUUUUCGCAUUGCUACAGUCAUCGAAUGCAUCUGUAGCUUUCGAGGCAGCGCAGGUGCUGGUCCGAUUGAGUGCAGCGCCUACAGCUGUUCGUGCUGCCGUAUCGACGUACUGUAACUUGCUUGUGACGCAGAGCGACAAUAACGUCAAGCUCAUCUUGCUUGAUCGUAUAACAGACCUGAGGCAACACUUCGCCCCGAUCAUUCAGGAACAGCUCACAGAACUGUUGCGAGCGCUCUCAGCCCCGGACCUGCAUGUGCGGCAGCGUGUGCUUGAUCUUGUCAUGGACAUGAUCGGGCCUCGAAAUGUAGAGGAAGUGGCCUCUGCUUUGCGCAAGGAGCUGCAUCGACUGGCGGACAAUAUCUCCGCGGAGGAUUCUGCCUCCGAUGCAGCGCUGAACUAUCGGCGGAUGCUCAUUCGAGCCAUCCAUCAGUCCGUAAUUCAUUAUCCGGAAAUUGCCGCGAAGAUCCUGGGCACACUUACGGAUUUUAUGGGAGACGCAGUUGGCCUCGCUGGACUCGAUGUAGUCUCGUUUCUGCGAGAGCUCGGUGAGCGCUAUGUGGAAAUGCGCGAACCCGUGCUGCGGCAUUUGCUGGUUGCACUACCUCUGAUUCGCGCUGUCCGCGUUUUUCGUGGAGUACUUUGGACACUUUGUGAGUUUUGUGCGAAGCCGAGCGAAGCCAUGGAGGCGUUUGCGGCUAUUUCGCAGCAGAUCGGUCAUCUGCCGUUGACAGGUUCGGGCAGCGACAAGGCGCUGGCUCCCACUGAACUUGAGCAUGAGGACUCGCAAAUGGCGGUGCCUCCCAUAGAAUUGGCGGAUAGGGCAUGGUCAGCCACGCCCACGAGCGCGUCGGCGUCGAUGAGCAGCACAGCAAUCAGCUCCAAAAAGGUGACGAAUACGUCGUCGCGGCCGCGCGUGCUCCCCGAUGGAACGUACGCAACCGAGACUGCGGACGCGUUUCAAGGCAGCGAGCUAAGUCUCGGCGACAGUAGCUAUGUAACGCUCCGUGAUGCGGAUGCGCUCUCGACGCCUGCACUACGUCGCAUGUUGUUGCAGGGUGAUCACUUCCUUUGGGUUUCUGUUAUGACAGCGCUGACGAAACUCGCCCUGCGCCUCAGUCAGGUGAGGUCGGAAGCCGCCGAUCUGCAUUGCACCCCGGCGGUCUGCCGCCGCGCGAUGGCUUAUGCGCUGUUGUUGGGCGCGUCGCUGCUGCGUCUCGGGCGGGAUCGGCUGCACGCGGAGACCGUCACCCGUCUCGACGAGGACACAGCACAGCGGAUCCAAUCAUGCCUCCAGGUGCUACUUCAGGCCAUGCAAGGCAGCCUCGAUGCACUCACGUACCACGUUUGGUUGGAGAGCUCUCAUCUGGCAUUUUGUGAAAUGCUGAAACGCCACCGCGCCUCCGAGGAUGCUAAAGCCAAAGCGCGCGCCCUCGAUGAGCAGCUCCCCGUGGAGGCGCUCGUUGAUUUCCGACUGCUCCAAGCGCGACGUGCUAGCAGUAUGGCGAUGAACCGAGGCCAACGAGCGCAAUUUGCUACGAGUAUCGGUGCGCUUGGCCGUUCUGGUACACCGGCCGCUGUCGUUCCCGCUACAGACCCGAACGUGGACGACAUCGAACUCGCGGCGUGCGGUGACCAGAGACGUCGCGCCGCGCUGCGCGACCUGCAUCUGCGCCACCUGCAUGCGCUGUCGGGGCUCAGCGAUCCCGUCUACGUGGAAGCACAGAUCACCAUGCACCAGUUCGACAUCCUCCUAGACCUGUGGUUGCUGAACCAAACGGAGCACCUGUUGCAGAACGUAUGCGUCGAGUUAUUUACGCUGGGCGAUUUGCGACUGUGCGAGCGACCGAGUCCGCUGGUCCUGGGGCCACACGAGUCCAAACAAAUACGUGUGGCACUAAAAGUGUCGUCGACGGAUACGGGAGUGAUAUUCGGCAAUCUCGUAUUCGACUAUGGACGUUCAGCGGCAAACAGCGGCGUUGAAGACGGUUCCGGUUGUGUGAUAGCGCUGCACGAAAUCCAUCUCGAUGUCAUCGAGUACCUGCAACCAAGCGAAAUCAACGAGGCUCUAUUUUGCAGUAUGUGGGAAGAGUUUGAAUGGGAGAAUAAGGUGACGAUCCGUUCCCGGCUGGGUAGCCUCGACGCAGUACUUGCGCUCGUUUCCGAGACGUUGCACAUGCGUUGUCAGAGCCCGCGCCAUGCGAACAACAAGAGCGGUUUUUUGGCCGCAAACCUGUACGCAACGAGUGUCUUUGGCGAGCAUGUGCUGGCGAAUCUCAGCGCAGAGCGCCUUGCAGAUGGCACGAUCCAGGGCACGGUUCGGAUCCGGAGCAAGACCCAGGGGCUUGCCUUGUCGCUUGGUGAGCGACUUGGCCAAACCGCGUCGCUUGUUGACGCCAUGGUCUAA